AUGCCGGAGCUAGCUGCCUUGAAAUACGUCGCUGAGCACACAUCAAUUCCCGUCCCUAAAGUCUUCAACGUCCACUAUUACGAUGAUAAUAUUUAUAUUGAAAUGGAGUAUGUCCGUGGAAUGAGCCUCGAGGCAGCAUGGUACCGCGGUCACCUGUCGCAAAACCAGAAGAAAUACAUCAUCACAGAGGUUGCGGGCUACAUCAGCCAGCUUCGGGGACUAGAACCUCCGCAAGAAGGAAUAGUUGCAUCGGCAAGCUUCGACGAGGCCCUGGAUCACCGAGUCGGAUCUUAUACUUUUGGGCCUUUCACGAGUCAUGAAGGGUUCCACUCAUACCUUCGGGCGAACGUUCCGAUUGAGGACUGCAACGAAGUAAUCGGCCCAGAGGUGACUGAAUGCCACACCCGUCAUUAUCGAAGCUGCUUUAGCCACGCAGAUGUCGCCCCCGGAAUAUCAUGGUGGACAAUGGGAAAGUCUCUGCGAUUGUUGAUUGGCAAUUUGGCGGCUGGUACCCAGAAUAUUGGGAGUAUACCAAGGCACACUACGGGCAGAUAG